UCCAAUCACAAUCCUGUGUGGUUCACCAUCAGAGAAAAACUAGCCAAUCUAAAUCCUCCAUGCUUCACACGUGAUAUCAGGUUUACCCAAUCACAAUCUUGAAUACGAGAACGGUUAUUUACAUUUCUACCCAUAUUCCGAUGAAUCCCGCCUCCAGCGCUGUGAUUGGUUAACACCGACCCAUUUUUGCGCUCCGAUUGGCUGUUCUGGUUACAUCCUAAUCCUGAAUACGAGUGGAAUAAAAAUAACAACACGUCUGAAUUUGAAGCAGCGAGAUACUCGGUCCAGUCUGUCCAACUCCGGCAACAGCGACGCCCAGAAAAAAGACCAGAACAAAGAAGCAUAAGAAAGAACGAAAGAAAUGCAGAUCGUCAUCGUCCUCCAGCGAGGAUCAGGGGACAGAGGACAGAGAGAGACGCAGAAGCAGUCGCAGGGACAAAAACAAGCAUGUGAGCAGGCUUGUUGUUACGACGCUUCUACUGAGUGCACAGAAACCAGUGAUAAUGAUUAUGAGAUGCAGAUAGUUGAGGAGCUGCACCUGGCCCGCUCCAACAGACAACUGCACGUGAAGGUGGAGAAGAGUUACGGAGAGCUGACCAGCAUGGACGUAGACCCGGCAGACGAGAGCGCCACCAUUGCACUCAGAAAUGUCACCACUGGCUCUGGGGUUCCCGACGCUGCUGGUUCCCUGGGUGGUUCUACAGGAGCUGGACUCGUUAAAAAGCAGAAAACUGUCAAAGGCCAGCUGUGGAGUACAUCUACACCUCCCUGAAGAACCAGGAGCCGCGUCUCUGGAGCCAGUCCAUGCAGCAAGUGUCUCACGCUGCCUGCAGGCUGAAUGUGGAGGGUAAUGACGAUCUGAUGCUGCAGUGCUGUCUCCAGUACAAGACGUUGUAUCCAGAGGGCACUAUCAUGCUGUGCACGUAAGCCGUACGUUCAAGACUCAGAAUUGUUCAGGCCUCUUUAGGAGGACAUCUUUGGGGGUCACAUCUGGGAUUGUUUGCUAAUCACGUGUUGAACAAAAGACCUUGUUUUUAUCUUCUGAUUUGCUCACAGUGGCCUGCUGGACACCUUUGGAUAUUUGAAUAGUUCUUUUAACAAUAAACAAUGUCACAAUACACAAUAAUCUGUUACGAGCAUUUACAUUUUUAAUGAGCGAGAGAGAGGGAGAGUUAUUAACUGUUUAAUGUUUAAUUGUUAAUGGAAUAAUUAAAAAUAAAUAAAUAAAUAAAAUGGAUUUGAUUGAGGGAUUAACACAACAUAUCUGGUGUAACUUUAGUAAUAAUAAGGGACGUCACAAAUGUUUUAUUCAGCUCUGUUUAUGUUUAAAUAGCAGCCCUGAUAUCGGAUAGUGCUGUUAUAAUUGAUUAUAUUCUAAAAAGUCAAACAGUCCUGAAGCAUAUUAUGAAGAAGAGUCCUGGGAUAGUCUGAUCUAAGUAUGAGUGCAGCAGCAGUUCUUGGGUAAAAAUGUUCAAAGGUGAGAUUAUCCACUGAGAUUACCCUGAGGUUUAACUCUAAACUGUUUUUGGUUCUUUUUUGUUUUUGACUUUUUCUUUCAUCGUUUCCAUUAUUUUAUAGCAACGAUAAGAACCUGUGCAGUAAAGCUUUGCUGAGUGGAGUCAAGGCCCUGAUUAAUGGGCGUUCCCUAAAGUGGUUCUCAUCCUAUUUAUAUAGGAGAACCUUUGCUGUGGAAUUAGUGAGCUCUAUUUCCUGCUCUCAGCCCAUCUCAUCUGGGGUUCCUCGAGGUUCUUGUCUUGGCCCUGUGCUGUUUUCUCUAUAUAUGCUCCCUUUGGGAUUAAACUCUCAAACACAGUGUAGCAUGUCAUUGUUAUGUAGACCAUACCCAGUUGUAUCUGCCUCUGAAAUGUAAUAUUAACUCCAAACUGUCAUGUAUCAGGAAACUCUGGACUCCAGUUCCCAUCGGCCACUGCACUGCACUACAUGUCACAUGACCACCUGCACCUGAUUCACGUUUCUGUUAAUGAGCACUCUUGUGUAUAUAGCCACUGUCUGCAUUGUUUCUCUGUCUUUCGUUGUCUUAGACUUCCGUGUUCCAUGUCACUGUGUUUUGUUUCAUGCCAUAGUGGUUUGCCUAUUUGUCUUAGUGUCUUUGUUUUUGUUGUGUAUUUGUUUAAUAAACAUUCUUAUCUGCGAUUGCUUCCGAACCCAUCCUUGAUUCGUGACACAAACUUGCAUCUCUGCUUGAUUAUUUGGAUGAAAUAAAGGUGUGGAUGGCAUCCA